CUGUCACUAUAUAAAAUGACCGGAAGUGCUUUAUCACAACUGCAUAAGAAACGAGCGUGGAUGUACCCGGCUCUGGCCUCUUGAGUUGUCCUACACAGGAUUUCCCGUCUACAUCUGCAGCUUACUGACGUACAGGUGUUUGCAGUCAUCAUUAGCCACAUGGCUAGCAGUGGAUCAGACCACCUCACUUUUUCUGUUGACCAACUCCCGAGUCCACACGUCUAACCGCGUGUUUUCCAGGGCAAUGCUGAGUCGGGAAGUAUCAUAACGGAGGAGAUUGAUUUCCAGUGGUCCCCGGUGACAAAGGGCAACGCCGAUACCUCUCCAUCCAGCGAAGAAGCCGGGCGACGCACGUUGAACUCUGCCCCACGGACGGCAUGUUUUGAUACCCAGUCCAGUAUCCUCUACCCGUCCUACUACCCCACUCGAAGAUGUCUCCACGCGGGUCCAUCUCGACCGUCAUAACGACGGUUCUCGGGGUGACUCUAGGCGGGUUGCUGAUAUGGCGCGUUUACCGGAGACAGAGGAAGCGACUACCUUGCAGUCACAAGGCAGUCGAUUCACCCGUGGUGGAGGCGGCCCCUCCGCCUCUCUCAGUGGAGUCUCCAGCCACGCCGGUUUCUUCUUCUUCUUCUCCUCCUCCAACACCUCCUCCACCCACCCCGGCGCUACCAUCUCCAGAGCAGCUGCUGAGGGUGGCGCCUGUGGUAGUGGGCUCCGAGGACGAGUGGGAGCGCGCCUGGCCCGCCCUGCAGAAGGACCUCGCCGUCUUCCCCGUGUUGGGGUUGGACUGUGAAUGGGUAAAGAAGCGCGGCGUGUCGGUGAAGGGUCGGACCUCCAUGGUGUCUCUUCUCCAGAUGGCCUCCUACUCGGGCCGCUGUGUCCUGGUCCGGAUGCUCUCCCUCCGAGGUGGGGGGGCGCGGUCCAUCCCCCUCAGCCUGAUGGAGGUCCUGCGAGACCCCCACGUCUUGAAGGUUGGGGUGGGCUGCUACGAAGACGCCAAGCGGCUGAUCCGAGACCACGGCCUGGCCGUGGGGUGCACGGUGGACCUGCGGUACCUGGUCCUCAGAAGGAAGGUGCUGCUGAACAACGGCAUGAGUCUGAAGUCUCUUGCGUCCGACCUGCUCGGCGUCUCUCUGGAUAAGUCUCUGGCGCUGCGCUGCAGUGACUGGGAGGCCAAGAAGCUGACCGCCGACCAGGUGCGCUAUGCAGCGGGCGACGCCCAGGUCUCCGUCGCUCUGUUCUUCCACCUGCUGGGUCUGGGCGGAGACUCUAGCCCCUCCCCCUGCUCCUCCAUCAGCCCCUCCCCCUCUAGCCCCGCCUACUUAUCCACCGGCACCGCCCCCUACGCCCGGCUGGCCGCCCAGUGCCAGGGGCUGGUGGACGUCCCGUUCCGGGAGGGGCGGGGCUCGGGGCGGGGGGCCGCGGAGGGCGACGAGAACACCCCGUUCAGGGGGGGCGGCGACGGCGGCGGCGACCGGAGGCCGAGGAGGCUGGCCUUCGAGGGCCCGGAGGCUGGGGACCAGCAAGUCCCAGACCCCCGGCGCAACCAGAAGAGGAAGCCCCUGGGGGUGGGCUACUUCGCCAGGAAGUCUCCUCUCUAUGACAACUGCUUCCUGUACGCCCCCGACGGAGAGCCGCUCUGUACCUGCGACAAGAAGAAGGCCAAGUGGUACCUGGACAAGGGCCUGGGAGUCCUGGAGUCCCAGGACCCCUUCGUGGUGCGGCUGCUGUUCGAGCCGGCGGGCCGGCCAGAAUCGAAGCAGGACUACUACCUGACGGCCAAGGAGAACCUGUGUGUGGUCUGUGGCAAGGAGGACUCCUACAUCAGGAAGAACAUCGUCCCCCACGAGUACCGGCGCCACUUCCCCGCCGAGCUGAAGGACCACAACUCCCACGACAUCCUGCUGCUGUGCACGGCGUGCCACGCCGCCUCCAACGUCCACGACGGCUCCCUGAAGCAGCUGCUGGCCGAGGAGCACGGCGCCCCCCAGGGGUGCGAGGAGGGGGUGCGCGUCCUGGAGGACUCGGACCGGCGCCGCGUGCGCUCGGCCGCCAGGGCGCUGCUCACGGCCGGCGACGCCCUGCCGCAGCGGCGGCGCUCCGAGCUGCAGGGACUGAUCCAGGACUUCCUGGAGCCGGACGGACGCACGGACGGCGGGGAGCUGACCUCCGAGGACCUGCAGUACGCGGCCGAGCUGGAGACCAGGAUCUUCAACGCGUCCUACGUGCCCCACGGUCUGAAGGUGGUGCGGGCGCAGGCGGGUGGCGGCGGCGGCGGCCUGCGCGGCCUGAUGGAGCUGGAGCGGCGCUGGCGCCAGCACUUCCUGUCCUCCAUGCGGCCGCGCCACCUGCCCCCGCUCUGGGCCGUCGACCACAACCACAGGAAGCUACGCCACAAGUACGGCGAGGACCUGCCCGUCCUGCCCCUCUGAGGACCCCCCCCCCUUCCCCGUUGCUCAUGGCAACCGGAAAGAAGGAACGCUGACUGGAACCGGGCGGUUUGUGGGACCUUUGCCAAAAACUAUGUUCAAUAAGGGAACCCCCCCCCCCAAACCCGGCAGCAACCAGCACGAAGGAACGCUGCCCGGAACCGGGCGGUUUGUGGGACCGUGGCCAAAAACUAUGUUCAGUACAGAGACCCUCUUCCCCCCCCUUCCCACGAAGGCCUAACGCUGGACUACAGAACCUGAAUGUACCAGAGCUCGUUUCUGAUUGGACCGGGGGACGACCCGGUCCGGUGCCAAAGACAACCCGUUGGAUGAGAUGUACAGUGGGCGGAGCUUGGUGCGCACAUGCUCAGCCCACUGACGGCUGUCCCUUUGCUUCCCCCCCCCCCCCCCCCCCCCCCCCCUUGAAGGCCAGCACCGAUUGAUACACUUGAUUCAUUAAAAAAAAAAAAACUAUCUAGAUAUUUAUUUACAUAUUCCUCCUCCACAGAUAAGGGAACAUAACCAACUAUACAAAACGGCAACACUCAUCCUCAUUGGACGGAUGACUUAACAAUAUCAGCUCUCAUUGGACGGAUGUAAUGAGGCUCUCUUUCAUUGGACAGAUUAAAGGACAACAGGGGUCCCAAAGGCACCAAUCAAGAGCAUCUUACUCCCCUGACGGUCAAUUCAUCAGGGGACCUCUCUCUGGUUGGUCCUUGGGGCCCCUGAGACUGGGGGCCCCAGGAUGAAGGUCCAGGUGGACCCUCUCCUACCACUCCCCCCUCUCUGUUCCCAGGCUCCCCCUGAAGGCUCGGAUAUUUCCCCGGCCCCUGUCCCCAGGGGCCCCUAAACCUCCGAGCACCACCGAGGUACCGGGUUCAAUGCCCCGCCUCCGCCACGGUCUAGAUAGUCUGCUUAUUAUGUUUGCGUUUUUUAUUAUGGGAUGGGGUGAAGAGACGUGGGACGUCAGAAGUGUGCACCAUGAAGUUUAUUUUAAAAGAGAUUUGUUUGUUGUUGUAAAAUGUUUGACUCGACAUUUUAAAAAAAUAAAGUUUUCUUUGUAUACUGCA